AUGGAAAAAGCAGACGAGUUGGAGCACCCUCUUCUCGGAGAGGGAACAAACAAAAGUAUGUCGGGCCCUGGGUUUGUUCCUGGACCUGUGUCCACAUAUUCUCCUGGUGAGCGGUUUAAGGGCGUCUUAGUGAAGUGUGAGGAGGACCAAGUGUACCCACCACUGGCCUGGAGUCCUUACUGUGGACACCCCCCUGAGAGCCAAGAGCACCAGCUCUUGGAUCCCUGCUCCCUGCCUCGUACCCUGGAGUCUUACUACCCUGGAGCCCCCAUGUGGGGGCACACAGACGCACUUCUCAAUAAGGACUAUCUGGAAACCACCUUUGUGGAUGUGCGGCCCGGCUCGACCCUGGAGAGAAAGCUGAUGGCGGAGGCUCAGGACUACCACAGCACGUACAGCCUGGAUGAUGAGGACGACCUGCUUCCAGACUCAGAUGACUCAUCCAUUGAAGACUAUACAGACACAGAGAGUGACAGCAACUUUCCUCUAAUGAUACCACAGGACUACUUGGGUCUAGCCUUUUUCUCCAUGCUCUGCUGCUUUUGGCCAUUGGGGAUUGCUGCGUUCUACCUGUCCCAAAAGACCAACAAGGCGUCCGCUCAGGGGGACUUCCAGGGGGCCACUGCAGCGUCCCGCCAGGCCCUGUGGCUCUCUGUCUUGUCUAUUGUGUUUGGGAUCAUCACGUACACUUGUGCCAUCGCUGCCCUCAUCUCCUACCUGUCUGGAAAGCCACCUUAA